GAACCCUCCCCUUCACCUGUUGUCCGAAAAAUACCAUACAAUCAGAAAGUUGAGCAAGGUAUAAUUCAGGAAGUGAUUUCAUUUAUUCAAAAAGAAGCAUUUGCCUCAUCAAUUAACACUUCCAAGUUCAAUAUUAUAAUAGCUGAUGGGGAAGCCGAAAAAACUGCAAAGUCUCAAGUUUACGCCAUGAUUAAAGCUUCUCUACCCAAUGUUUCAAAAUCAAAUCUGUAUAAGAAGACCGAAAGAGCCGGGAGUGUUUAUAGGCUAUUUGGAAAGAUUAUUGAUCCUGCAACCAAAAAAGAAGUUAUAGGAAUUGGUAUCGAUAAAGUUUAUGGAAUUUCGUAUGGA